CCGCGGCGCUUUAAAAAGCCGUGCCCGUUUUUUGGAGCUUCCUGAUUGGUCCCAAUUCGCUCGCGCAUCUCUCCGAAAGCGAUCUGAUUGGACAGUAAGGGUUUCCACGUGACGGGCGUUAUGCAUGCUUUUCCUGGUGCUACUUGAGGGAAUUCGAAAGUUUGCAGAUCCAAAGGGCUUUUUGUUGUUGUUGUUGUUGUUGUUGUUUACGUAAAUAAAUAAGUUAAAUAAAAUAAAAUGUCCACAGGAAUCAAACGCGGUUUAUUUCACACUCUGGUCGCGUCGGUGUUUUUCGGGCUCGUUUCGGGAACCGGACAGUUCCAGACUUUGGAUCAUCUGCGGCCGAAAUCCAGCGACGCGACGCAGGCGAGAGCCGUGCGCGAGCUCCUGUGGAGGCUGCUCAGCGAAACAUCGCGAGAUUUCGUGGUGUCCGUGAACGGCUCGGUGUCCGCCGGCGGCGCGGACGUGAGCGAGCUGCGCACGGGGAGGAACAGCACGGUGGAGGUCGCGGCCAGUAGCGGCGUGGCGGCCGCCGCCGGCGUCUAUUACUACCUGAAGUACUACUGCAACUGCCACGUGUCGUGGUCCGGGGAUCAGCUGCGCGUGCCCCGGCCUCUACCCCGAAUCGCGGGCGUUCUGCGAGUCGGCACGCCGCACAGAUUCAGGUACUACCAGAACGUGUGUACUCAGAGCUACUCGAGUGUGUGGUGGGACUGGUCACGAUGGCAGCGAGAGAUUGACUGGAUGGCACUGAAUGGCAUCAACCUGCCCCUGGCCUUCACCGGGCAGGAGGCGCUGUGGCAGCAGGUAUACACGUCUAUGGGUCUAAACCAGACGGAGCUCGAUGAGUUCUUUACAGGCCCAGCGUUUCUUGCGUGGAACCGCAUGGGGAAUCUGUUCAAGUUUGGAGGACCUCUGCCCCGGUCCUGGCACGACAAACAGCUCUCUCUGCAGGUCAAAAUCUUAGCACAGAUGAGGUCUUUGGGAAUGAUUCCCGUUCUGCCAGCGUUCUCAGGGAUCGUGCCUCCUGGAGUCAUACGCUUGUUUCCUGAAGCCAACGUGACCAAGCUGGGGCCAUGGAGCCAUUUUAACUGUACGUACUCCUGUGCGUAUGUCCUGGACCCUCGUGACCCACUGUUUACGCGCAUCGGAUCUCUGUUCCUGUCCCAUGUGGUCGAAGAGUUCGGGACGGACCACAUCUACAACACGGACACCUUUAAUGAGAUGACUCCUGCCUCCUCAGACCCCGCCUACCUGGCAUCCAUCAGUCAAGCGGUGUUCGCCACUAUGACCUCAGUGGACGAGCAGGCCAUUUGGCUGAUGCAGGGCUGGUUGUUCAUAAGCAACCCAGAGUUCUGGAAACCUCUGCAGAUCCAGGCGCUCCUCCGCGGAGUCCCCCAGGGACGCAUGAUCGUCCUGGACCUCUUUGCCGAGUCCAUGCCCGUUUUUAAAUACACAGAGUCGUUCUACGGUCAGCCCUUCAUCUGGUGCAUGCUGCACAACUUCGGAGGCAACAGUGGCCUGUUCGGCGCCAUAGAGAGCAUUAACUCCGGGCCGUUCGAAGCUCGGAAGUUUCCUGGAACCACUCUGGUGGGUUUGGGCAUGGCGCCUGAGGGCAUAGAGCAAAACCCGGUUGUUUAUGAGCUAAUGGCCGAGCUGGCGUGGCGCGAAGACGCGAUUAAUCUGACCCAUUGGGCGACGCUGUAUGCCAGGCGCCGCUAUGGCACGGAUAACGAGAGCCUGGCACUUGCUUGGCGCCUGCUAUUUGGAAGUGUGUACAACUGUACUGUUCCUGGGUACAAGAACCACAACCGGAGUCCUCUGGUCCACCGACCGUCUCUGAAGAUGCAGACCGAAGUUUGGUAUGAUCCAAAAGAUGUCUAUGAGGCAUGGAAGCUGCUGUUAGAUGCAGCCCCUUCGCUGAUUUCUGUUGGUACGUUCCGUUACGACCUGGCGGAUGUGACUCGUCAGGCUGUUCAGCUCCUCACGACAGAGUUCUACAAGGACAUACGAGAUGCAUACCAGGCCCGAAAGCUUCAGGACCUGCUGACAGCUGGAGGUGUGCUCGUCUACGACCUCUUACCCGAGCUGGACCGCCUCCUCUCGAGUGAUGCGCACUUCCUGUUAGGGGCGUGGCUCGAGCGAGCGCGGUCGAUGGGCGCGGACGAACGCGAGGCGGAGAUGUACGAGCUGAACGCCCGCAAUCAGAUCACCUUGUGGGGACCGGACGGCAACAUCCUAGACUAUGCUAGCAAAGAGUGGGCGGGGCUAACGGACGAUUACUACGCGCAGCGCUGGAGACUCUUUGUAAGCACCCUCGUGGACUGCGUGGCCCAGGGCCAACCUUUCAAGCAGGACGUUUUCAACGAGGCCUCGUUCCAAAACGAGAAAGACUUCGUAUACAACGGGAAGAGGUACCCCUCCAAACCAAGUGGGGACACACGCGAGAUCGCUGGACGGAUAUUCCUUAAAUACUACCCUUAUGUUCUAAAGAGGUUACAACCAUAAAAAAACUUAGGAAAUUACUCCUAGGAUGUGGUUAAUUUUUCCAGUUUCAAGAUUUUUACUGUUUCCCAAUCUGGGUUUUCAAAUUUCCUUGAAAACUAUUUGAAAACUCCAUUCGCACAACGUUAUUAUUAUGGUUAGCCAAUCAGAUUAGGGUGGGUCGGUAUGUAUCGUAGGAUUAAAUGUACCCAAGGACAGUGGACUUCUGAAUCCUGUUACAUUUCCAGAAAUGCUACUGGCAAAAGAACGCUAAUUACAGUGCAGCCUUUAUGAUCCUGAUGCUUAACCAGAAAAGGGUACAGAAUAAAGCUGUAUUUCAUGAGCGGAGCUUUGAAAACAGUUAGUUGGUGGAGAUUUCCAUAAUAUCACAUUUACGUCAUGCGUCUCACAACAUCGAAGAAGACGUGACAAACGUCUUGUUGACAUUUAAGACUUAUUUGUGAUUUGUUAAACUGACACAGUUGUGAAAUGUUAUAAUUGAGUCCUUUUUUAAAAUACCUAAAAGACUACUUUUGUACCACCUCAAAUAAAAUCUAUUCCUUUUC